UCCCCAUCUACCUCCCAGAUUCUCGGUUAUUAAGAGUGCCGGCGUGAUCCGAUCGUCAAUCUCCAUAGACGGUGGGGUUACAAUCGCAUAUCAGCUAUGGGUGUAACGACUCAGUAUCUUCGUUUUUUCGCGGGGGACUCUUUUGGCGCCAUUUCGAAUUCAGAGGGUCAAGCUGUACUCGUCCCCGUCAAUGAAGUUCAAGAUCGUUAUGUCGCGAGCACGUCUUGCGAGGACGUAACAUUGUGGAACUUGAAAACGAAAAAGAAGCUCUCCGUAUGCAGAGGUGAGAAGAGUGAGGCGACUCGCGUGCAAGUGCUCUGUGGAGGCCUGAUUGCCGUGGGCUACAGUGACGGCGUUGUGAAGAUCUUCUGCUUCGAGGAUGGCUCGCUCAGGGUCACGCUCCAAGGUCACAAGGCAGCCGUUACUUGUAUGGGGAUCGACUCGUCCGGCAGUAAGCUGCUGACUGCCGGCAAGGAUGGAGUAAUCAUCACAUGGGACAUCAUCAAUGAGUGUGGAUUAUACCGCCUCAGAGGGCACAAAGGGCCCAUCACUCAGGUGAAAUUUCUGUCUCGGAACAUCCUCGUAUCGUCGUCCAAGGAUACAUUCGUGAAGUUUUGGGACCUGGAUACUCAACACUGCUUCUACACGCUGGUUGGCCACCGGAGUGAAGUGUGGGAUUUCCUCAUCAUCAACAAUCAAUACCUCAUAACGGGUACAUCAGCCCCGGAACUAUCCGUUUGGGAUUUGAGUGGCGUGGUUCGGACCGAGUCUGAGCGCUCGGACGGGGAGGUUUCCAAGCGAAUACGUGAAGAUUUGCACGAUCAAUCGGAGGAUGAUGGCGAUGGAUCCGGUGUCUCGAGUACGGCUGCUGAGUUCAGGUGCCGAAAGGUCGGAACCAUUCUCCGGCAGGGUAAAGGCAGAACAUGUGGGCUGCACCACGAGGAGGGCAACGCUAUGUUCGGUUGCUAUGGUCAGGACAACCAGAUCGAGAUAUUCAAAAUUCUGACGGAGAGCGAAGUCCGCAAAAAGCACUCGAAACGUUUGAAGAGAGAAAUCAAGCGCAAAGCCGAAGAUGACGACCUCGUUGUAAACUCAGGCGUCACCGUGAGCGAUCUCUUCAAAAGAUUCGGUGUUGUGAAAUGCAAAGGAAAAAUAGCGAGUCUCUCCUCAUGCGUCAAGGGCACAAACUGGCUCAUUCUUGUGGCGCUUAGGAACAAUGCCAUCGAUCUCAUCGAUGUCUCCUUAGAUGAUGAGGGCGAGCCGCAGUUGAGGGACACCCUCAGGCAUCUGGGACAUAGGAGUGACGUCCGCUCCGUCUGCUUCACAUCUGACAACGCAGGAAUACUCUCAGCGUCAGCAGAGCAGUUGAAGCUGUGGAGCGCGGAGUCCCUGCAGUGCAUACGUACUCUCGAUUGCGAAUAUGCGCUCUGCUCCGGUUUCUUACUCGGCGAUCGGCACUGUGUUCUCGGCACAAAACAGGGAAACCUGCAAAUGUUCGAUCUGGCGGCCGGUGAGCUUACGGAAACCAUAGCCGCGCACGAAGGCUCGACAUGGUCCCUCAGCUUCACCCCCGGUAAAAAGUUCCUCAUCACGGGCGGCAGCGAUAAGAAAGUGAAAUUCUGGUCCGUGGAGAUUGAUGGGGCGACCAAGAAAUUCACCCUAAAGCUAUCGAGGUGUCUGGAAUUGCCUGAAGCAGUUACCUGCGUCAAAGUUUCACCUGACGGUGCCUUGCUCGCAGUUGCGUUGUCGGACAAUACGAUCAAGAUUUUCUUCGUGGACUCGCUGAAGUUCUUCCUCUCCUUGUACGGACAUCAAUAUCCAGUGCUGUCUCUUGACAUUUCACACGAUUCUCGAUUACUGAUCUCGGGAUCGUCGGAUCGGAAUGUCAAAAUUUGGGGAUUGGAUUUCGGCGAUUGCCACAAAUCGAUCUUCGCUCACAGUGACUCAGUGAUGGGCGUGCAGUUCUUACCUAAGUCGCAUCAGUUCUUCUCGAUUGGCAAGGAUAGAAUGGUGAAAUACUGGGACGCAGAUAACUUUCAACGGAUAGUCACACUCGAAGGUCAUCAGGCCGAGGUCUGGGCGCUAGCCGUUAGUCCUAAUGGGAAGCACGUGGUAACGGCCGGACAUGACAAGAGUAUAAGAAUUUGGAACAAAACGGAAGAGCCUCUAAUUCUCGAGGAGCAGCGCGAAGUCGAGCGUGAGCUCGAAGCUGAGAAGGAUGUCGUUACUGAGGAAGCUGUGAUUACUAGGGAAGGCGAAGCCGACAUAGGUCUUGCCGGCAAAAGAACCUUGACGACAGUCAAAUGCGCUGAGCGUUUGAUGGAAGCAAUCGAAGUUUUCGGGAAGGAGGAGGAGAAAGAAUUGGACGCCAAAGUGUCAAACAGCAAACCAGCUCCUCCUCACCCUCUCCUGAUGGUACACAAAACCCAGUGUCGCUUCCGUUAUAUGACUGAAGAGAUAAAAAGAAUAACGGCAGCCGAAAUCGAUGAAACUCUGAUUGUCUUGCCCUUCGACCACGUUCUCUCUCUCCUCCGGCUGCUCGUCGACUUGAUCGAGCGAGGAUGGGAUGUCGAAUUCAUGUCCCGCACAUUAUUCUUCCUGAUUAGAAUCCAUUCUGGACAGCUAUUGGCGACACCUGCUGCAGUUCGUACAUUGAAUAAAGCACACAAAGUUCUCAAGGAUCAAAUGGAGAAAAUCGUCAGUGAUGUGGCUCUUAACGUACAAGCCCUAACUUUCAUCAAGCAUGAAGUCGAGGAACGCAAUGCUGAGUCCGCUUUCCAUUCGGCGCUUGACAACUUGCAGAGAAGGAAGAAGAAAGCUCAGAAAAUACGAGAUCAGAAGACAGUCAUAACUGUUUCAUAG